GUAGCUUCUGUAACAAAGCGGAUCCAAAAUGUCGGGAGAGGUGUCUUCUCUCCUCUGGUUUCUCUCUCUUCUACACACGCUGUCGGCGUAUGGAGCCGACCUGUCGUCUGAGGCGUGCAGGGAGCUGGGCUUCUCCAGCAACCUGCUGUGCAGCUCCUGCGACCUGCUCGGGGAGUUCAGCCUCACCAAACUGCAGCCCAACUGCCGGCAGUGCUGCCAGCAGGAGGCCCAGAUGGAGGCUCGCAAGCUCUACGCUGGAGCCAUCCUCGAGGUGUGUGGAUGAAAACUGGGGAGGUUCCCUCAAGUCCAAGCUUUUGUCAGGAGUGACAAGCCGAAGAUGUUCAAGGGUCUUCAGAUCAAGUACGUGAGAGGCUCGGAUCCUGUGCUCAAGCUUUUGGACGAUAACGGGAACAUAGCAGAGGAGCUCAGCAUCCUCAAGUGGAACACAGACAGCGUGGAGGAGUUCCUGAGUGAGAAGUUAGACCUAAUAUAGACAUGUCCCAAUUUCAGUUUCUCUCCUUUUUUUUUUAAACUUCAUCAAAAGAAAGAUUUCCUCUAAAUUAUGUACAAAAAAAAAGAGAAUUCUCCGUGUUUGAUCUAGAUGUGCAGACAUUUUCAUCACAGCUGAGAGGUCUGUCUGGCCGCCCUCUGAGGAAUUAGUGGGAUUCGCUGACAAAUUUACACAAAUAUCUGUACAACUCCUCUUUUCAUAUGUAUGAGCUGCUUGCUGUGGGUUGACAUCUUUACGCUUUGUUUCUGGCGAUUGGUCGAGCUACCUUCUGCUGAAGAAACCGUCCAGAAGACCACAGACUGACCGCUAGCGCUGCCGGAGAAUUUCAGUGUUUUUCAGGACCACAAAUGAAAUACCUCCUGGUUUGUUUGUUUUUUUUUUCUCCCCAAACUGCAUAAAACUGAAGAGACAGAUCUGUCAGAGCGUAGUGAAGGAAACUGUCUGCAUGCCGAGAGAUCGCAGGAGAGCAAAAGUGAUUCUUUUGUAGUCUGUUUGAAGAGACUGUUAUUUACCAAUUUGUAUACCUGUCAGGAUUUGAUCGAACACGUUUAGUAAGCACACCUGGAACUGCUAACUCUUCCAGAUGAAUCAUGAUGCAUAAUGACUUCGUUUCGUUGUUUCUCAGUGGGAGCUUCAGUUUUCCUUGUUCUCUCUCUGUCUGAUAUUCUUGUAUAAUUAUUUUUUUAUAUCGCUGGAUGUUGUGACUGAACGGGUCCUCGUUCCUCUUCGGGUGCAGAUGUUCGCGGAGGCACACGUCAGUGACGGGCUCACAGUAAACCAGCUGUGGGAUGUGAGCUCUGAUGGAAACUUGUGGGUUUUUUUCCUGCGUCUUCUGCCUCGAGGAGGAACUGGAUUUGUUUUUGGAAGCUUGUUGAGAUGAGGUGAUGGUUUAAUUAUGCAACAAUAAACGCUUUCCAAAGGG